AUUUUAUCCGAGUCCGUACUCUUAAACGGAAUACUCAGUAUGUCGCCCUCUAAUUAAUUCUUACUCGACUCAGCCCAGUAUCUUUGUAUCUAAACCGAAUUCAAAACUCCCUCCGACAGCGAUUUUAAAAUGUCACGAUUCGCUUUCUCCGACUAAAAUUCAAAGCCGAUCAGAAAUCUGAGAGAAACAUUUAUUUCUAAAAUAGUGCGCGAUGAAUUAUUUCCGAGCGAAAUCAAAUCCAACUCUCGGCCGAGUUAAUCGCGCAACCGUCCGUUCAUCCGAAAUCUAGUUCACGCUGUUUUGCGUACAGACGAAACCCGCAGAAACAUUUUUAUUCCGAAAAAUAAAUUUAGCGCGACCCGAUUUGGAUUUUGGGCCAAGCCCAUUUCAGCCCAAUAGGCCCACUAAGAAAAACCCUAACCCUACCAUAUGCCUAUAAAUAGGAGCCCUCUCCCUUGCCCUUAGCCAUUUUUGCAUUCCCAACCCUACACUUCCCACAGCCGCCAGCCACUUUUUCUUCCCCACGAAGCACGCAGGGAGCUCCCUCCCUGUCCAUCCAUGGCGUCUCCUCCCCCUUCCUUGGGCCGACUCCAGCACGCGCGCGCGUCCUCUGCUCCACAUCCCAGCCAUGGUGGCCGCCGGUUCCCUGCUCCUUGCUCCACGACCAGCAGAGGUCAGCGGCGCCCUCCCUGCUCCUCCUGGCGAGCGGCUGCAGCAGGGAGCAGGAGCUUCCAGGCCGCCCAGCGCCCCUUUCUUCUUCAUGGCAGGAGCUCGCCCAUGGCCUUGGCUGCUUGUUGCUUCUCUCACCAGAGAGCCUCUUCCCAUGGGCGCCACCCCCUGCAGCUUCCCCUUGCCGGCGCCCAGAAAUUGCAGCAGCAGCCGCUCCUCCAGCCCCGCCAUGGCUUGCGACUCGGUGUCCUCCCUGCUUGCGUGCUGCUGCGCAGUGCCCAUGGUGCUUGCUAGGUGCUCGACGAAAUGUGCAGCAACCCCGUCGUCUUCGUGCGCUGCCGGCUCGCUGUUUGGUGGAGCCAAUGGACAGCACGCCGUGAUGCCGCCGUGUGUUCGCUGUUUUGCGCAGCCCCGAACGUCGUCGUCGUUCACCCCGGUGAGACCGCGACGCUCCGUGUUCGAUUCGGCAUCGACAUUAUUUUCAUACGAUUAAUUGUGUAUGUGUGCUGUUUUAUUUUAUUUGGUGGAGGAGAGGAACCCCGUGUUUUGCGAGAAGAAGGCCAAUCGUUCAACGCUCGUCGAUGUGCGGAGCAAUGCACAAAUCGGAAUCACCGUCGUUUGGGUUUGAUAUGGACCGAGAGAUGAUGAUCGAGCCAUUGAUGUGGUGCCAACCACAAGAUGCAGUUGGUGGACGACCCAAGGAAGGAUGGACAUAACCAGUGGAUGCUCGCCAAGCGAGUAUCCCCCCCAGCAAACACUGUCCAAGUGUUAAAUUAAAGGCAAGCCCUG